AAUUUAUGAUCCGAUUUCUACUUUGUAGGAUCUGAAUUGAUUUUAUUUUAGCUCAGCUUACAUUCCAUUAAAAAUAAUUUGUACUUUAAUUUAUGAUCCGAGUUCUACUGUAUAGAACGGUUAGAACCUGAAUUGAUUUUCACUUGCCAGUCUUCAUUAUUAUUAAUUAAGGAUAAUCAUUUAUAGCCUAGACUGCACCAUCCCGUCAUGUCAUCCAGCGGACUGAGUAGCGUACAGAAGGUGGAGGAAUACAAAUCUUCUGUCAUAAAGAAGGCAGAAGAUAUAGUGCGUAACAAGUUCCCCGACCACAUCCUGCGCUUCAAUGAGAUGCUCGAACAGCCUCCCUUCAAGUGCGAUGACCUCACACAAGUACAUUCCAACCUGCACAUCUCUGUACCUAACUCUUAUACACAUCUAGAUGUUUAUUUGAUGUGCAGUAUUGAAGGCAACGGUGAGAAGGGUAGCAAGAAGCGGUGCAUGGAGCAGGAGGAGGAGGUGUUGGGGUGCAAGGGCAGCAAGAAGCGGUGCAUGGAGCAGGAGGAGGAGCAGGUGUCGGGGUGCAAGGUGUACCUACUGCCCCUGGGCACGGUGCCCAUCAACACCAUCAUCACCAACAUGGUGGACACCAUCAAGCCCUUCAUCAGGGACCUCGUCGAGGAGGCCAACCUGGUUGCCAAGUACCCUCACAUCGCAGACUACCGACGGGCGGUGUGUGAGCUGGACGAGAAGCAGUUCCUGGGCCUCCGCAUCACGCUCGCUGAGAUCCGCAACCACUACGCCUCCCUGCACGACAUGAUCAAUAAGAACCUAGAGAAGAUAAAGAAGCCUCGCUCCCUCAACUCACAUGAAACUAUGUACUAGACAUCUAGGUCUGCAUUAGUGUACCAGACAUCUAGGCAUAUAUUAUCUAACU